UAUAUUCGUCGUCCGCGAGCCCUGACGAUCGUGCGCCUAUUCUCCGUCUCCUUCGCGCAAACUGUGUACGAAUGCUUAGCGUCUCCUCUUUGUUCUCGGUUCUGUCUUGUCCGCUCGCUGUUGUGCGUGCGUUCGCAACUCUCGAGCCAGCGACAGAGAUACACCGACAACCGGCUCGCGAGAAAGGGACAGUGCCAAUAAAAAAAGACACACACAGACUCGACGCAACGAUUCGACGAAAGGACGGCCGUCAAGGACAAACGCGAAACACCCAUCAUCGCUCGUCGCGCUCCAAUUCCGCUCGAGCAUCGUGACAUUUUCGAAUUUCCCGAAACUUCUGUUCCAUCGCCCUUUCCACCUCUUUGUCAUCGACAUUUUCUUCGACGAUCGGCGUUUACGAGGACGACUCAUCAGGCGUUGGAAAUUGGCGCUAAGUCGCGUGGCGCAGAUCGCAAAACCACCAAAGUAGAUCUGCGAGUGAUCUACGAAGGCAUCACGACGACGGAGGACGGAGUUUACAAGGACCGUUUCCGGGAAGGCGCGAAAGAUAGUCGCCUCACCGGAAUGAGAGGUGAAUCGGCGCGACCGGGUAAGCGCCCCUUAAGAGCGCUUUCCGCUUCGGAGAAGAUGGACGCCAUACAGAGGGUCCACGAGGGAGAGAGCAAAGCAUCGGUUGCUCGUGAUAUCGGUGUACCGGAGUCGACGUUACGCGGAUGGUGCAAAUCCGAGCACAAGAUCAGGGGUAUGGCAAGGAAUUCUUCGACGCCGGAUAGCGAGGCCCACUCGCCCGCCUCGUCUUCCGGCGCGAACGUGACAGCUGCUAACUUGGCCGGUGGCUCGGCGAAUUUGUCGAGCGAGGACGAAAGUCCUUGUGUGAAGAAGUCGAAAAUAGAUCAACAGACAUCGGUAACGAGCGCGAGCACGUCGUUCGUGGGUGACGUUUGUACCGACUCGGAUGGUAAACCGGAUAACAAACCGAAGAUCGAUUACGUAGGACUGAUGACCAGCAUGGCCGGCAUGAGACCCGAAAAUAGUUCGUUGCUUCUGCAACAAUUGGGACUGUUGUCAGGUGCAACCGGCACACUUGCCAAAAAUUUGUUGAGUAUGUCGCCGGCUUUGUCGCAUGGCAGCACCGUCGGUCUCGUCGAGAACGGGCUUCAAUACACAAAGAACACCGGAAACGCAUGUCUCACGAACAUGAAUAAUUUGACUAAUAGUAACAAGAGGCAUAGUCUCUCAGCGAUUGCACCGACGCAAAUGGAUUCAGUGGUCGCAAAAUCAUGCAGCACACGAAAGAGUUUGCCACCUGCCGCGGAAGCGCCAUCUACCCCGGUGCCCGCCUCUCCCCGGAAAACAAACGAGACCAAUAACAUUCCAAGAUCGAGCAGCAAGUCGAGGAAGGACGGAAACAUGAGCAGCGGUAGCAACAACAAGAAGGUGGACGAGGCAUUAUGGCUGUGGCUGACGCAGCAGCAACAGCUACUCGGUCAACAGUCGGCGAGUUUCAAUCCGAGCAUCAAUCAGCAGGAUGGUUCGUGGUUCUGGCAGUGGUACAAGCAGUGCAGUUUCCCGUUGAUAACGUCGACGCCGCCAGCACCCAGUCCGAUCGCCAAGAGAUCGCCCAGCAAGACGAGGGCCAUGCUCGACAAUGUACUUAGUAGCAACAACAGUGAGAAUGUGUUACGAAACCUGAACAUGGAGGAGGAUUCCGCCGCUGCCGCCACCGCCGCCGCCCCCGCGGAGAACCACGAGGCGAAUGGCGAAGACGUGCCGAGCAACAGCGAGGAAGCGAUCCGGCACGGCGAGAAGUUCUUGAAGUGGUUGAUGGACAAAUGCUCCGAUCCGUCGGUUACAAGACUUCAGAUCAUACAGUUCAAAUAUCUACUGGACAGUCUGAAGGCAUAUAGAAAGAAGUCGUCGUCUAGUUCGAAACAAAGUAGAAAGUAGGCGAGGAGAGAAGAGACACAAACUGUGAUGCUAAAUGUAUAUUCUUAAGAAAGAGUGUGUUAGCGAUUGUCGCGCGAUUCAUGAGGUGGAAAAAAGAUAGGUAGAAUCGGACAGAAACAGACACAGAAAAUGACUGUACGAGAGUAGCUAGCUACUGCUCGUUGUUGGUCUUCGAACAUUAUUGUACGCGACAUACCGUCGUCGUCAAACUCUUCGCGACCCGUUGAAACGGGGCAUUCAUUUUCUUCGUUCUUUUCUAUAUUUUUUGUCGUUUCGUUCGUGCCGAUUGCCGAGGAUUAGUACACCUCGUGUUACCGAUUCGCCUGCGCGUGUGUGUAUGUGUGCAAAAAAAGAAGUAUGAAGAGGGAAAACCAGUGUUUGCCUUCUAUCAUGUUCAAUGGACUUCUUAUUAUGUCAAUUUAUUUAAACGAAUCAAAUACGAUCAUGUAUUUCUCAAGCCCGCUCCUCAUGUUCGAUGAAUUACUUUCAUUUAUUUUUUUUCGCCCCUUUUGUUCUAUAUUUUCGACUCUUUUUCUAUUCCAUUCUUCGUUUCCUUUUUUCGAGGUACCUUACGUAGGAAUCGGGCUAAAUCAAAAUGGAUCGUAAUGAUUCAACAGUUUUCUUAUUAGAAUCUUGUACAUAAGAGGAUAUACCAAAAUCAUGAAUGGAAUAUUGUAAUUAUAACAAAAAUUAAAACGUUCGUAGAGGUAUAAUUAUCGAUUAAACUUAUCACUCGUUAGUGUAAGUGCGUGCGUGUGCGCGCGGCGGAAAAUUUCCUUACGAUCACAGAUUCUUUCUCGACCUAUGGACGAUAUUGCGUUUUCAAUAUUUUUUACCAAAUUCCCGUUACAUUAUCAUAACCCAUGCGAUAGUUAUACAUGCCAUAAGUCGGAAAUCAAGAUCGCAAAACUGCGUUAUCUACGGUCGAGAACACGUUUCAGUUUUGCCGUUACAUUCUAAUUAUUGUGUGAAUAUGUCUAAGAGGAGAAAAGGAAUAAUACAUAGCUUCGUAUAUGCGAUAUUUAAUUGUGGACUGCGUUUUUAUCCCGAACAGUUCUACCUCUCGUUCUGUUAGUGCGUAUUUACGUAUGGUAAAUAAUAAUAAGAUUUAAAAUAAUGUGUGCACGCGACUCGCACGAAACUAAAUGGUCCAAGCAAAAUAAAUGAAAAAAAUCGUAAUAAAAAAAAAGUG